CAAACGAUCGGACGUGUAAAUACGACGAGGAAAUAAAAACAAAUUAAUUUCGAGUUAAAUUAAUUAAUUGAAUCAGUAUCGACUACUGAGAAACAGAGUGAAAUACGCGUGAAAGCAAUAAAAUAAAAAUUAUUACCUUGAAAAAAGUGUAAAACAAAAAAAAAUUUACACAAAAGAAUUACCUGAGAAAGUAAUUUGUUGUUACAAAUUCAAAAAAUUACAAAUUAAACACAGCAAAAAUGAAUAAAUCUUGUGCACGUUGCUCGAAAACAGUUUAUCCCAUCGAGGAAUUAAAGUGUUUAGAUAAGUCAUGGCACAAAGCAUGCUUCAAAUGCACCGAAUGUGGAAUGACACUCAACAUGAAAACAUACAAAGGAUUUAACAAAAAUCCAUAUUGCGAAGCACAUGUACCGAAAGCCAAAGCCACGACGAUAGCUGAGACGCCGGAACUCAAACGGAUAGCUGAAAACACGAAAAUCCAGAGCAACGUGAAAUACCAUGCGGAAUUCGAGAAGCAAAAGGGCAAAGUGACGCAAGUCGCCGACGAUCCGGAAACACUUCGUUUGAAGCAAAACACGAAAAAUAUCUCGAACGUCGCGUAUCACGGAGACUUGCAAAAGAAGGCAGCCAUGGAAAAACAACGAGAAUUCGGGGAAGUUGUGGAUAACAAAGAUGAUCACAAUGAAUCGGAAUACUUUUCCGAAACACUUGCUGCAGAAUCUUUACCGCACUACCAACCGCCCGUCGUUGCUGCCCCGAACAACGUCACCAGCGCCACAAACAAUUCAUCACAACAGCAUCUGCCGCCAGCCCAGCAUCAUCCCGAACCGCCCACGUCUGGCAACUUGUAUCAAGCGCAACAAGCUCAGAACAUCCAGCAACGCUACUACGACCAAUACGAGAACUACGCUAGACCAAAUCCAAAUAACACGCAGCAAAAUUACACGAACAACAAUCAUCAUGCGAGUCAUGCGGCGGCUCCGGCCCCAAAUAACGGCUAUGGCGGCGGCGCUUACAACAACGGCGGCACUUCGAUGACGACGUCGCAACAUCAGCAGUAUCAGAAUAACAGCAGCGCCCAUCAUUAUAUGGCGCAAAAUUACGCACAACAACCGGCUUAUUAUGCGACGCAAACGGCAGCCCAUGGGGGAGGCGGGUAUCCCGCAUCUACGACAGGUAACGGUUACAACCAUCACCUCGAAAAUAACUCAUUGGGACAAAAAAUCACUGAUUACGAUCCAUUGAACGAUGGAUCCCGCACCCAUAUGCAACAUCAUCGCACUACUAACGAUCGCAGUGGCGCACUUAACAUGAAUCAAAAUCGGACAAGAACGGCUGAAAUUGACACCGGAAAUGGAUAUUAUGAUCAGCAAGUCUAUUAUCAGCAGCAACAACAGCAAAUUCAGCAACAGCAGAUGCAACAACAGCAAGCCGCGAAGCAACAUAAGCCGAUGAGUAGACAACGCGUUUACCGUGCCCUCUACGCCUACGAGGCCCAAGACGACGACGAAGUGAGCUUCAAGGAGGGCGAUUUAAUAUUCGAAAUGACCCCGAUCGAAGGUGGCUGGCUAACAGGACGCGUCGAAAGCACCGGCAAAUCUGGCAUGCUGCCCGCAAACUACGUCGAACAAGCCGUUAUUUAAAUUAAGAGCGUCCGAACAUCAAAUUAAGCCCCAAUUAAAAUAAUAAAUUAUAAUAAGCUGUUAUUAUUAUAUUAUUACAUAAACUACCAUAGUACAGACGAAAAAAUUAAAAAAAAAAAUAAAUAAAUUGAACGAACGGUAACAAAAAGCAAAUAAAAAAAAAUAAUUUAAAUGUUUCUUCAAAAAAGUCGUUACCACAAAAUUUUCUGUGUGCUCAAAUUCCUCUUUCUCACUUAAAAAAAAAUAAAAAUUUUAAAAAUUGUUAUCCUUGCCCACUUAGUAGCUCCCAGAAGAACCAAAAAUCCAGCCAAUAUUUAUCCAAUAAUUAUAUUUUUUGUGCCUUGUAAGAAUUUAGUCUAAAAAAAAAGUAAUCAUAAGUAACGAAAAAUAGGCGAAAAAUAAUUUUUGUAUACAAAUUUUUUAGGAAUUAGACGAAAAAAAAACUUGUUUGAUUGUUUUUUAAUCUAAUCUAAACUAAUAAUGUGUCAAAAACGGAGUAUUCUCCCAUUAAAAAGUCUUUCUGGACCUAAAAAUUACGUAUUUAUUACUAAAAAAUAAAUUAAAUAAAAAAUAAUCACGUCCCUUUCAAAAAAAUAACGGCACUACUAGCUAACAGUGUUCUAGAAUUAAAAGCAAACAAUAUCAUUAAACGUACGUCUCAUAAAAUAAAUAAAAUUUUUGCAUUUAAUCGAAGCUACAAUUUAGAGAAAUAGGCAGAAAUAUCAUCAUAUUAGAUAGGGUCGCGUAGAGUAGAGAAAUAAAAAAAAACGAAAAAAAAAAAUAAAUCAAUUUUUAAACGUAAUAAAAAUAAGGCUCAAAAGUCGUAAUAAAUGUUUCAAAUCUGAACUCAACUCAACAAGUAAAAAAAAAAUACGAAAAAUGAUAUUUUUUGGUGGAUUUUAAGUUUUGAAGCACAGAAAAAUUAAAUUCUAAAUAGGAAAUUGUUUGAAAUUAACAUGAAAAGUAAUUAAGUGUCAUCAAUAAUCGAUAAGAUUAUUUUUUUCUGCUUUU